AUGCAAGCCCCUGCCCCAGCGACAGAACCUACAAAUACCUCUCUCGUACCUCCCGACCCAGUCGCAGAACUCCGCUAUCCUCCUUUCGCCUCCCCUGAGGUGGUCUCGUUCGACGAGUUCGAGCCUAGUGGGAUCCUCCUCCCCUCUGUUCCGGACUCUGCUGCUAUCUCCAAGGACGCUAUCGGACAGGACGAGGACGAGGACGAGGACGAGACCGACGUUGACGCUGACGUGGAAGUUGACGGGAAGGGUGUAGCGACUGUACAGUUGUCGACGCGCCACGAGCCUUUUUCUCUCGAGCCUGGGAAAGAUCAGAGCGGGAUGUGGCGCGGAAAGGAGAAGGCAGACAGGGCGAUCGUCGCUGCGAAUAAGAGGAGGAAGGCUAAGAAGCACCGAGAGGAGCUGAAGGCGCUGGGGAUGGAGGCGGAGAAGGCUAGUGGGAAGAGGCACACUUGGUGGGAGAAGUGGGAGCUGGAGGAUAUGAAGAAACAGUCGCAUAAUGACUAUCCGACGGGAGAGGACCGCGUAUGCAGGAUUGACCUGGCAACGAAGGCGUUUAAGAAAGGCCAUUCGAUGGAGUCUGGUGUGCAGUCUAUCUGGGACAGGUUCCUGGACUACAUCGGUGUCCUAAGGCAGGAAACCCAGCUGGGGGGAUGGGGGAAGCAGAAGGUCUCCCGGGGUAUUCAGCGCCGGCCUGCGGAAGACGAGUUCUCGGACGACGAUGAAGAGAUGCCCGAGCCCAAGAAUAUGGAGGACGUGUGGGAUGAACGAUGCGCUCGGUUCCUCGAUAGGACUAUCGAUACUUUGAAGCGCUUCUUCAGCAGCAGGUAUCAUUAUGCGGGUCUGUGCUGGAGCGAGGCCAAGCUUCGUGAUGGUCCCAUCAUCGUCUCCCUCUACAUACGCUACUUGCUGAAAGAUCGCGUCGUCCCCGAGUGCACGGACAACUUGACUCGCGCGCUCGCAUUCCUGGAAGAAACUAUCAAACCCGACUUGCUCGCUACGCGCGCGUUCAGCCAAGGCGCGGAAGACAACUUCUCUAUCGCAUGCUGUAACGAUCUGGGUAAUAUGGUGCUCCUAGACGGAUACGGGAGGUGGAUGCCCGCGAAGGGAGUGCUCGAGGAGCGGGAUAAGCGAGAUAAGAGGAUACGCGACGAGGCGGAGCAAUACAGGCGGGAGAAGGAGGCGGAAUGGAAAAGGCGUCAGGCGUUGAUCGCCGCUGGAGUGCAGGAGGAGGCCAGACCCUGGGGUGCAGACUGGAAUAACAAUCCUGAACCUGUUUGGUGGGACGGGCCCAACCUCUGGGAAGGGAGCACCGUCGUCGUUGACACCAACGGAGAACCUCCUGCAAGCUCCUGGCCACCUGCAGACAAACCCACGCUUGCCCCGUUCUCUACGGCGCUCACCCACUCCUUGCUCCGCACUGAACACUCCGUCAGGCGGAUCGUCUCCGUCCGCCCUCCCGAUCCCGCGUCGUCCGACGUCCUGCGCCAGAAAUACGCCACGGUGGUCUUCGAUCCCUGGACUUUGCCCGCAAAUGUGAAGGACGACGAUCUCCUCGGUCCACCAGAAAUGCUCUGCGAAGCCACUGGGGAGACUGAACUGCGGGUGAUGCGCAUGCCGGGUGGGCAACAUGCGCUCAAGGAUCGGAUCGAGCUGCUUGUCGAGCCCGAACAUGCGGAGACGGCGAGGAAGGGCUUGGGCGUGUAUGCCAUCUGGGUUCAGGCGGCGAAGACGGCUGAGCUUCCCGGCUCUGCUGCUGCGAUCGAGCCGCCUAUCCAGACGUUCUGGUUCUUCCAACACGUUACGAUGGUCGUGCCCAGCUUCUGGGUGGAAGAGUGAGGGGCUGCUGCUGCUGAACACUCGACAUGGGGAGACUGCUGAUACUAUUCACCUGCUGAUGUGCAGAGACUGCUGCUAUACCUGAUUCUUAA